AUGACCCCCUCUCCCCCCCCCCCCCCCCCCCCCUCCUUUCCCCCCCCCCGCCUAUCCCAGCGCCUCCAUCUCAACCGCGGCGCCACUCAUUUCCUCCGUAAGUACCCCCACAUCUUUAACAUUUUCCACCACCCUAUCAAAUUACAACCUUAUUGUACACUGACGGAAACCGCCCUCAAAAUCACCCAACAAGAGGCUACAGCUAUCAAUGCUACUUUACCACUUGUAGUAACCCGUUUGGUGCGUUUAUUGUCGAUUUCAGUGACUAAAUCAUUGCCCCUUAGAGCCAUUUUCAAGGUUUUUAGGGAACUUGGGUUGCCUGAUGAUUUUGAGGAAAGUGUAAUCUUGAAAAAAUCUGAUCUUUUUGCACUUGUUGAUAGUGAUAAUGAACCGAACACUCAUUUGUUGAAACUUGUCGGGGAUAUACCAAAGGGGGAGUUAGUGGCUGCUGUUGAUAAUUGGAGGGUAGUGGAAUGUUGUAAAGAGGAUUGUGGGGUUGAUAGGAAUGAGAUUUUGUUUAGUUUUAAGCAUAGUUAUCCACCAGGGAUGAAGUUGAAGAGGAAUUUUAAGGCAAAGGUUAAAGAAUGGCAGCAGUUGAGGUAUGUGGGGCCGUAUGAGGCUGUGGAGAUUGGAAAGAAGAGGAAAAAUAAGAUUGGGAUGAUGGAGAUGGAGAAGAGGGCAGUUGGUCAUGACCAUGGCGUCCGGGUCAGCUUUCGCGCACCUCAUCUAAUUACACAGGAUACUUGUCACCUCCCACCAACAACAGGUACCAGAUCCUUGCAUUUUAACCGUCUUUUUCCUUUCUUAUGGCUUCUUAUAUCUGUGUUUGUUUUCUUUGGUUCUUGGUGGACUAAGUGCCUUCCUUCUCAAUGUUGUAGUCCUGAAUUUUUGUCUAUAGAUCUCUAUAAUUACUUUGCAAUGUAUACCAUAUUUGCUCAGUAA